AUGAAGUUGUCAAAUGAUCUCAUAGAAUAUGAUCGAAAACUUUCAUUACUUUCACAGAUACACUUUUGGAAACCACAAGAUCUACAUAUUUCUAUCAUUAUACACCUUUUUAAUUUCCCGUAUAUUACGGACUAUGUGGUUAUAAUUUUUACUUAUUUUCAUCUCAUUAACAUAGGAAAUAGAUUUCAAACGUUAAAUUAUUUUUGGAAGUGCCUUCCUACUGAAUUAAUCCCCAUUCGUGAUGAAUGGACACAUUCGGAAAUAGCGAUGUUAGUGGAAACCAUCAGGUUGUUGCACGCGAAACUAUGUACAAUAUUAAAAUUAUUCAAUUCUAGUUAUGGUCCAUUACUUUUAGGGUUCUUUAUAUGCAAUUUCUUAGAUUUUAUAUACAUAAUAUAUUUAAUGACUUAUCAUGAGAUAGAUUCAUCAAAAAUGAGUUUAACCCAAAAUAUUAUAAAAUAUAUUCCAAUGCAUUUGGUUAACCUUCAAAUUAUAGUAUUUUUGAUGUCUAUUAUUAUUGCUGCAUCUCGGAUAACUGAUAAGAAAAAUAAAAUUAUAUCAAUAUUAAGAUUGAUACGGAUUUCAAAGUUACCUGUCGCCUUAAAAAUUCAAAUUAAAAUGUUUAUGAACCAAACAUCAAUAACAGAAUUGAACGACGUAAAUACAUGGGGAUUUUUUAAUAUCAAUUUGAAUCUAGUCAUAUCAAUAAUGGUGAUACUUUUAACAGGAUUUUCAACAAUGCUACAAAUGAAAAAAAAUCCAAUUAUUUUAAAUAUAGUCAAUAACACUAAGAUCAACCAUGAAAAUUGGUAAAAUGUAAGUUUCAAAUGCAGCAUUCAACUAUAUCUACUACCUAUCUACAUAGGUACCUACUAUAUCAUGAGAUUUAUUGUAAUAUACAUGUUAUUACUACAAUUUGAAGAAACAAUGAAAUUAUGAACAAAAUGUUAAAUUUCUUUAGUUA